AUGUAUCUCAAGGUGAAGUUGCCAUGGAAUGUUAUCAUAGCUCCAGAAAACCUUGAUAUCAAGGGACUUCUGCUUCAGAGGGCUAUCCUUUUAAAGGUUCUGGAAGAGUUUGCUAGCCGGCGAGCCCACAAGGACCUCGGCUACCACAUUGCAGUGACUACCCUGGAGAGCAUAGGGGACGGAAAAGUGAGGCAACACACAGGGGAGGUGAUGUUCCCUGUUGUGUUCAGUGCCAUCACCUUCAACAUCUUCCGGGGAGAGGUGCUGGAAGGCCAGGUCCACAAGGUUUUCAAGCAUGGCGUCUUCUUGCGAUGUGGGCCGAUGGAGCACAUCUACCUUUCGUGCACCAAAAUGCCGGGCUACCGGUAUGUGCCUGGAGAAAACCCGGAGUUCAUCAACGAGAAGAGUCCCCCGGUCGGGAAAGAUGAUCUGGUGAGGUUCAUGGUGAUGGGGACCAAGUGGCUGGAGGCCGACAGGGAGUUUCAGGCGUUGGCUAGCUUGGAGGGCGAUUUUCUAGGUCCCUUGCCAAGGCCAGAAAUCUAG